UUUCACUCAUCUCCUUCUCCCCACUCAAUCUUAGAGAAAAACUAUAUUAGAUUCUUAUUGAAGCUUUUAUUCUAUAUAUGAUAAUUACUUUUUCAAUUUAAAUUUAUUCCAAAAAGAGUAUCAAUUAACUUCCUUUUGUCACAAAAUUUACGAAUAAUUUCAUUUUACAAAGUGUGAACAAGUUAACCAUUUAUUACUAGUGUCACACUUGAAGACAAGAUUUCUUGCAUGAUUUGCUUAAUACUUAAGAACAUCUUCCUCCUAUAUAACUUGCCUUAUCAGUAUAAUAUGUCUCGCUCUUACUACUCUUUGCUUCCAAGAAUAUUGAAUAAAUUAUGAAGUUUUUGUUUCUUUGAAUGUAAGUGAGAUAAUUUAAGGGGAAGUGAGAAUGCAGUUGCUAUGGCGGAACUGGUCGGUAGCGGUGGCACUAUUGGUGGGGAUGGUGGUGGUUGCCGGUGGCGCAAACGUGACAUACGAUGGAAGGUCGUUGAUAAUAGAUGGGGAAAGGAAGAUGUUAUUUUCUGGCUCUAUUCAUUAUCCAAGAAGCACCCCUGAUAUGUGGCCAUCUUUAAUAUCUAAAGCUAAAGAAGGCGGAAUAGAUGUGAUUGAGACCUAUGUAUUUUGGAAUAUUCAUGAACCCCAACCUGGACAGUAUGAUUUUAGUGGAAGGCAUGACAUAGUAGCAUUUAUGAAGGAAAUUCAAGUACAAGGUCUAUAUGCUUGCCUUCGCAUUGGGCCAUAUAUUGAGGCUGAAUGGACUUAUGGGGGCUUCCCAUUUUGGUUACAUGAUGUCCCUGGCAUUGUUUAUCGAUCUGAUAAUGAACCUUUUAAGUUUUACAUGCAAAACUUUACAACAAAGAUAGUGAACUUGAUAAAGUCAGAAGGGUUAUAUGCCUCACAAGGAGGUCCAAUUAUACUCUCACAGAUUGAGAACGAAUAUCAAAAUAAGGAGAAAGCAUUCGGAAAAAAGGGACCACCUUAUGUUCGUUGGGCAGCAAAAAUGGCUGUGGAACUUGGCACUGGUGUACCUUGGAUCAUGUGUAAACAAGAUGAUGCUCCUGAUCCUAUUAUUAACACAUGCAAUGGAAUGAGAUGUGGAGAAACAUGGAAAGGGCCUAAUGCACCAAAUAAGCCAUCUAUCUGGACAGAGGACUGGACUAGCUUCUAUCAAGUGUAUGGUGAGAGUGCACUACUCAGAUCAGCAGAAGACAUGGCAUAUCAUGUUGCCCUCUUCAUUGCAAGGAAGAAUGGAAGCUUCAUCAACUAUUAUAUGUAUCAUGGAGGCACAAAUUUUGGCAGGAGUGCUGCAGAAUUUAUGAUUACAGGUUAUUAUGAUCAGGCCCCCCUUGACGAGUAUGGUUUACUUAGACAACCAAAAUGGGGUCAUUUGAAGGAAUUACAUGCAGCAGUAAAGUUAUGCCUGGAGGCCAUACUUUCUGCUUUUCCCACCAUGCACUCUUUAGGUCCACUACAGGAGGCUUAUGUAUUCAGUGGAGAUUCAGGAACUAAGUGCGCAGCAUUCCUUGUGAACAGAGAUAAUAGUGGGGAAAGUGUAACAGUGCAAUUCCAAAAUUUGACAUAUCAAUUACCUCCAAAAUCUAUAAGCAUCUUGCCUGACUGCAAAAUUGUAGCCUUCAAUACAGCCAAGGUGAGUACACAAGUCAACACGAGAACUUAUAGGCCAGUGUUCAAGUUUGAUUCAGCGGAGAAAUGGGAACAAUUCCAAGAGGUUAUUCCUCAAUUUGAUGCAACCACAGUGAGAUCACAAACAUUGUUGGAGCAAACGAAUACUACAAAAGAUGUCUCCGAUUAUCUUUGGUAUACUGCCAGUUGGGAUCAGGAGUCAGAGGAGCAGCAGCAGGCUAAACUAAGUGUGCAGUCCUUAGGCCAUGUUUUGCAUGCUUUUGUGAACGGAAAUCUUGUAGGUUAUGGUCAUGGACAAUUCAGAAAUACAACAUUUACAGUGGAAAGCAAGGUUGCUCUAAAUAAAGGGACAAACCAAAUCUCAUUACUUAGUGCAACCGUUGGCUUACCGAAUUCUGGGGCAUUUCUUGAGCGCAGGUCCCUCGGUGUACGUUCAGUGAUGAUUCAAGACAGUCGAGGGCUCAAAAACUUCACUGAUUUUUCAUGGGGUUAUCAGGUUGGACUGUUGGGGGAAAAGUUACAAAUUUACACAUCAGAAGGUGCAAAGAGUGGUGACUGGAGCAGAUUAAGCUCUUCUACUCAACAGUUCACAUGGUACAAGUCCAUUUUUGAUGCACCCAAUGGUGAUGAUCCUAUUGCUCUUAACAUGGGGUCCAUGGGGAAAGGUGAAGCUUGGGUUAAUGGUCAAAGUAUUGGAAGAUAUUGGGUAUCAUUUCACACACCUGAAGGUGUUCCUUCACAAACUUGGUACAAUGUUCCAAGGUCAUUUCUCAAGCCUGAAGACAAUGUGUUAGUGUUAUUUGAGGAGGAAAUAGGCAAUCCUCUUAACAUCACCAUCGACACAAUUUCAAUCACCAAAGUGUGCGCGCACGUCACGGAAUCAAACCCACCACCAGUAAUUUCUUGGAGCAAGUAUGGAACUUCUAAAGAUCAUAAGCCUAGUAAAAGGCAAAAACAUGGUAGAAGACCUAAAGUGUACCUUAAUUGCCCUCCAAGAAGCAAUAUUUCCAAGAUUUUGUUUGCAAGCUUUGGAAGCCCUUCUGGUAAUUGUGAUGAUUAUGCCACCGGGCUAUGCCACUCCUCCAACUCUAAAGCCAUUGUGGAAAAGGCUUGUUUAGGGAAGAAGAAAUGCACCAUUGCUCAUUCAUAUAAGAAGUUCGGUCGUGAUCCUUGUCCUGGACUUCAUAAGUCUCUGCUGGUUGAUGUUCUGUGUGGAUAAGACCACAAACUUAUUUAUCUCAUGAUAUAUUCUUUGUUAAUCACAAAUCGAAUAUUUUAUUUAAAAAAUUAAAUUUUGAGGUAUA